GGCGCCGCCGCAACGCUGCUGUCUAGCAGGGACACCCACGCUGUCCGCCACCCCGGCCCGGCCGCGGCCUCGCGACGCGGCGUGCUGGAAAGGCCCGCGGGGCUCGGUGCGCGCGUCCCGGCGGGGCCCCGCGGAAGAGCGUCGCGGCGCCGCCGCCGCCGGUCACGUGAGCGCGGGCGGGUCACGUGGCGCCGGCACCGGUCACGUGGCGCCGGCGCGGGUCACGAGAACGCUCUCUGGCGGCGGCCGCUCGCCGCGGAGUCCCGGGUCCCGCUGGCCAUGGCCAACGUCUCCAAGAAGGUGUCGUGGUCCGGCCGCGACCGCGACGACGAGGAGGCGGCGCCGCUGCUGCGGAGGACGGCGCGGCCGGGCGAGGGGACGCCGCUGCUCAACGGCGCCGCGCGCCAGUCAUCUCACUCCACAUCUUUCCGAACUGGACAAAUGAGCAACGUGGAGCUGGACGAUGAGCUCCUGGACCCGGAAAAGGACCCAUCCCACUCCUUCCCUAAGGAGAUCCCACACAAUGAGAAGCUCUUGUCCCUCACAUACGAGAGCUUGGACUAUGACAACAGCGAGAAUCAGCUGUUCCUGGAGGAGGAGCGGCGGAUCAACCACACGCAGGCCUUCCGGACAGUGGAGAUCAAGCGCUGGGUCAUCUGUGCCCUCAUUGGGAUCCUCACGGGCCUUGUGGCCUGCUUCAUUGACAUUGUGGUGGAGAAUUUGGCUGGUCUCAAAUAUAGGGUCAUCAAGGACAAUAUCGACAAGUUCACAGAGAAGGGCGGGCUGUCCUUCUCCCUGCUGCUGUGGGCCACCCUGAACGUCGCCUUCGUGCUCCUGGGCUCCGUGAUGGUGGCCUUCGUAGAGCCAGUUGCUGCCGGCAGUGGGAUCCCCCAGAUCAAGUGUUUCCUCAAUGGGGUGAAGAUUCCCCACGUGGUGCGGCUCAAGACGUUGGUGAUCAAGGUGUCUGGUGUGAUUCUGUCUGUGGUGGGGGGCCUGGCCGUGGGAAAGGAAGGGCCAAUGAUCCAUUCCGGGUCCGUGAUUGCCGCAGGGAUUUCCCAGGGAAGGUCGACGUCGCUGAAGCGAGAUUUCAAGAUCUUUGAGUACUUCCGCAGAGACACGGAGAAGCGAGACUUUGUCUCUGCAGGAGCGGCAGCUGGAGUGUCGGCUGCUUUUGGAGCCCCUGUGGGUGGAGUCCUGUUCAGCCUGGAGGAAGGUGCCUCCUUCUGGAACCAGUUCCUGACGUGGAGGAUUUUCUUUGCUUCCAUGGUUUCCACCUUCACUCUGAAUUUCGUUCUGAGCAUUUACCAUGGGAACAUGUGGGACCUGUCCAGCCCAGGCCUCAUCAACUUUGGGAGAUUUGACUCAGAGAAGAUGGCAUACACCAUCCACGAGAUCCCUGUCUUCAUCGUCAUGGGCGUGGUGGGUGGCAUCCUCGGAGCCAUGUUCAAUGCCUUGAAUUACUGGUUGACGAUGUUUCGGAUCAGGUACAUCCAUCGACCCUGUCUCCAGGUGAUUGAGGCCAUGCUGGUGGCUGCUGUCACUGCCACGGUCGCCUUCGUGCUGAUUUACUCGUCCCGGGACUGCCAGCCCCUGCAGGGGAGCUCCAUGUCCUACCCGCUUCAGCUCUUCUGUGCGGACGGCGAGUACAACUCCAUGGCUGCGGCCUUCUUCAACACCCCUGAGAAGAGCGUGGUGAGCCUGUUCCAUGACCCGCCAGGUUCCUACAACCCCAUGACCCUGGGCCUGUUUACCCUGGUCUACUUCUUCCUGGCCUGCUGGACCUACGGACUCACUGUGUCUGCCGGUGUCUUCAUCCCAUCCCUGCUCAUUGGGGCUGCCUGGGGCCGGCUUUUUGGCAUCUCCGUGUCCUACCUCACGGGGGCAGCGAUCUGGGCAGAUCCUGGCAAGUAUGCCCUGAUGGGAGCCGCGGCCCAGCUUGGAGGGAUUGUGAGGAUGACCCUGAGCCUGACAGUCAUCAUGAUGGAGGCCACCAGCAACGUGACCUACGGCUUCCCCAUCAUGCUGGUGUUGAUGACCGCCAAGAUCGUGGGCGAUGUCUUCAUCGAGGGCCUGUAUGACAUGCACAUCCAGCUGCAGAGCGUGCCCUUCCUGCACUGGGAAGCCCCAGUCACCUCGCACUCGCUCACCGCCAGGGAGGUGAUGAGCACUCCUGUGACCUGCCUGAGGACGAGAGAGAAGGUUGGCACCAUCGUGGACGUCCUCAGUGAUGCAGCAUCCAAUCACAAUGGCUUCCCUGUGGUGGAUGCUGACGGCGCCCAGCCAGCCAGGCUCCAGGGCUUGAUCCUGCGCUCCCAGCUCAUAGUGCUCCUUAAGCACAAGGUGUUUGUAGAGAGAUCCAACAUGGGCCUGGUGCAGCGGCGGCUGAAGCUGAAGGACUUCCGCGAUGCCUACCCGCGCUUCCCCCCGAUUCAGUCCAUCCACGUGUCCCAGGAUGAGCGGGAGUGCACCAUGGACCUCUCGGAGUUCAUGAACCCCUCCCCCUACACAGUGCCCCAGGAUGCAUCUCUCCCUCGGGUUUUCAAGCUGUUCCGGGCUCUGGGCCUAAGGCAUCUGGUGGUAGUGGACAACUGCAAUCAGGUGGUCGGGCUGGUGACCAGGAAGGAUCUGGCCAGGUACCGCCUGGGAAAGGGAGGCCUGGAGGAGCUCUCGUUGGCACAGACGUGAGCCCUGGCCCUGCCCGUGGGCAGUGGCACUCCCAGCCCCUCUGCAUCUGCUCCCAGGGCCACUGUCCCCUGGCCGCAGCCUUGCUCCCUUGGCAGGGGGCCCUGGAGGCUGCCUGGGCUGGGCCCGGCCCUCAGCCUUGCAGCUCCCGCUCCCUCCUGCCUCCGGGACCGCGCGGCAGCAGCGCUCUCCUUGCUGCUCACCUCUGGUGGUGGACUGGCGAGCCUGGGGGUGCUGCGUCCUGCCCAUUGUGGCUGCUGGGGUCCUGGGGGGACCAGCUCCGACGGGCCAGCUGGGCAACUCCGGUCCAGAGGACGUGGCAGACGGGCUCUGUCCCAGCGUCUUGGGAACUGAGGAUCAUCCUCGUGCCUGACCCCCAGGUCCUGCCACGCCUGUCACCCUGGGUUCUCCAGAACUGGGGUCACCCCACAUGUGCACAGCAGCCAGGAAGUUGGGCCUUCCCACAGCAUCCAGGGACUUGUUCCAUCCUUUCUGACUGCAGCAGAUGCCCCUGUGGGUGUCCUUCCGCUGGCCUCAUGACCCCCAAGCCAUCCCAGUGGCUGUGGGGUAGACCGGUGAGAACUGGAGCCAGGAAGCCCCCACCUGCCCACCCCACAGCUCCCAGCCACCUCGAGCCAGCCAGACUAGACGUGCUGGCCCUGUUGCUACAGAGCCUGCCUGUGGGACACGGAAGGGUAUUUCAGUGUCCUGGCAUGUGUCUCUGAAGGCCACACGGGUCCUCCUGUGGAGGGCUGGCAGAUGUGGCCCUGGGUUGUGCUUCCUCCUCUGCCCUCCAUGGGGUCUGGGCUUCAAGGCCUGGGUAUGAGAAAUAAAGGACUCCUGCCCAGGCAUCGAGUGCCAGCCUCCCUGUUCAGCCCACGGCUGAACUCACGGGGCCAGGGGUUGGGCGCUGAGGUGGUAGUGUCUGGUGUGUGGCACAGACAUUCCUGUGAGCUCCAGGGGAAGCUGGUGCAGCAGACUGGGUCAGGCCUGGUGGACAGGCCUGGUGGACCUUGGCGUCAUCCCCACAGCAGAGCCCUCUUCCUACCACCCCUGCUCUCUGGGCCGGAGGGCCCACACCUGGGUGGGCCAGGACACUGGGGAGCUCCUUCCACAGGAUCCCUCACUCUACAGGAGGCCCUGGCCGGUGGGUCAGGCGACAAGGAAGAGGAGCUCUGGGAGGGGCAGGGCUGCUUCUGAGUUUGCUCUCAGGGCACAAAGCCUGCCAGGCCCCAGAGACCACCAGGAAGCAUGUGCAGUUGCUGCACGCACUGGAGGUGUCAGUUACAUGCUGAGUGAUAUUUUGGAUAUAUUAGGUUAAAUAAAACGAAUUGUCAAAACUCCGGUCUGUCCUGGCCUUCUUGGUGGCUGCUGAGAGAGCCGAAGAUGUCAGCAGCCCUGAGUGUGGGGCACCUCCUGCAGCCUGCCCCUGGGCCUCUGCCCUGGGAGGUGGCCAGGACUGUCUGACUUGGUCUGACCUGGGCACUUCCCUCCAUGCUGCCCUGGAAUACGCCCCUUUGCAAGAUGAAUGCUGCCCAGUGCCCCUCAGAACCUUCCAGAAGCCGGCAGUUGGAG